AUGGACGAUCUCUUGAACACGGAUUGGAAGGCUCUGGCGCCUGCAGCCAAGCAGAAUGUCCCUCGACCGGCAUUUGGCAUGCCCAUGUCUAUUCCCAGUGCAGCAUCAAGCUCGCGUGCCAGUCCGGCUCCUUUGCCAUUCGCCAGCAACCUCCCAGCUCCCAAGGCUCCCGCAAAAGCUCCAUCACCAGGCAACGACAUAUUCGCAAACCUCGUGUCUACAAACGCGAACAAGAAUCAAGGCAACCUGAGUCUCCUGGAACGACAGAAGCAGCUGCAGCAAGAGAAGGCCAAGCAAGAGCAGGAACAGCGUGCGAGAUAUGCUCAGCAGUACGGAAACGAGGCCAGCUUCUGGGACAAUCUAGGCAGUGCAAAGGGCACGCCUCAGCCAGCCGCGCAGCGCACCGUCCCUCCUGCCCAAGAGCACGAAGACGACAUCCUCGCCGCCUUCAACUCGGCUGCCCCAGUAGACAAGUCAUCCCACUUCCCCGUACCUGCUGCCUCUACUGUCACCAGUGGUCGCAACACUCCAGCCUUCGCAAACUCGAACAACUCUGCUGCUCUGCUCGCAGACGACGACGACGAUCCGUUUGGCUUGGGUGCCGCCCCACAGCGAAAGCCCAGCCCUUAUCAACCUCCUCCGGCAAGCUCCAACAACAACGAUGACGAUAUUCUUGGUGACCUCGGGAAGCCUGUGACUGCGAAGCCGCCCCAUCGCGAUCCUCCUCGACGCGAGCCUGUGGAUGAAGCCUUCGCUGUAGACACCCGCCGCUCGCCUCCUUCCUCUGACCCGCUUGAUCGUCCGAUUGCCGAACUGGUCGACAUGGGCUUCCCCGCCGACAGAUCGCGCGCUGCUUUGCAAGCGACGGGAGGAGAGGUGCAGUCAGCUGUAGGAUGGUUACUCAACCAAGCACACCAAGAGUCGAAGGAAAGGACACAAAACCGUGGCAGUGCUCGCGCGAGUCCAGCGCCUCAAGUUCGCGAAGAAGCGCAACGCGGUAGAGGAGCUGAGGAUGCUUCGAUGCCUGCUUGGAUGCGACAGGAAUCACGCCCGACUUCGAACCAGCGGAGACAGGACAACGGAACGCCAAACUCAGAUAAGGACGUCGCUGCAUAUGCACAAGAGUUUGGUACAUCGUUAUUGAAGUCUGCAGGUUCUCUGUGGAAGACUGGUCAAAAGAACUUGAAAAAAGCAGUCGCCGAAUUCCAACAACCUGAAGGUGACUCGAGCACACCCAAGUGGAUGAGGGAUGCAAGCGCAGACACGGCUGCUCCUCGACCUGGUCGCUCCUCGACACCUCGCACAUCGGCGCCUGCACAAACAGCUGAGGAGUUGACGAAUGAGGCCAUGCUACUGGAGGCUAGAGACGACAGACAGCGACCAACAAAGUCGCGCACUCCAGAGAUACGAGAACCCAUGUCUAGACCAGAUUCCAGGGUCCGAUCGCCUGCUCAAGAUCUGCCUGUGCGUACUCAACCGCAAUCACGACUUGCUCACCAAGCACCUCCUCCACAGGCUCAGCGUCCCAACACCAAAGUUAGUCGCUUUGAUGUUGAGGAAGAGUCAUCACAGGCCUAUGUCAGCUCUGCAAGAAGAAGAAGACCCGCCAAACCUGAACCCCAACCAGAGCCACAGCCCGAGGUUGACCUGUUCAGCCCAGCACCCACUCAGCCUCCACCACAGCCUACGACAACAAGGUCCACUCCAGCUCCUCGUCCUGCUGCAGCCAAACCUUUUGCACCAAUACCACAAGCUCCACGACCCAAAGCCCCUCCACGAAACAUCCCUUCUAUCUCCCCAUCCGCACUCUCAACUUCCAGCAACCAUCGCCGUGCAGGUACAGAUGCCUUUAAGCGAGGCGACUUUGAUGCAGCGCAUACCUCAUACUCUGCAGCACUCACACCACUACCACCUACCCAUCCUCUUAUAAUCAUAGUGCUCUCCAACAGAGCCCUCACAGCCAUCAAAACCGGCGAUCCCAAAGCAGCUAUCAUCGACGCAGAUCGUGCCCUCUCCCUCAUCGGCGUCUCCAAAGGCGAAAAUGAAACAAUCUCCCUCGGCAACGGCGAAGGCGAAAAGGACAUGAAGGAAUUCUACGGCAAAGCUCUGAUGCGCAAAGCCGAAGCCCUGGAGAAUAUGGAGAAAUGGUCCGAGGCGGCUGCUGUGUGGAAAGAUGCUAUCGCCGCUGGCGUAGGCGGUGCUGUGAGUUUACGCGCUCGCGACCGCUGCGAAAAAGCUGCGACGGGUGGUUCUGCAAAACCCGCCCCUGCUGCUGCGAAGACAAAGCCAAAACCUACGUCCACACCUGCUGCCAGAACACCAGCAGGCCAUCUCACACAACCUGCUCGCCCAGCAGUACCAGCCGCACAAUCUCAAGAAGCAGUUCGCAAGCUACGAGAAGCGAAUGCCGCCGCCGAUAAAGCCGACGAUGAAAAAUUCGCCCUCUCCGAUCAAGUCUCUGCAAAAGUGACAGCGUGGAAAGGCGGGAAAGCUGAUAAUCUGCGAGCUUUGCUGCAGAGUCUUGAUACCGUGUUGUGGCCAGAGGCUGGUUGGAAGAAGGUCAGUAUGGCUGAUUUGAUCAUGGCGAAUAAAGUCAAGAUUGUGUAUAUGAAGGCGAUUGCCAAGGUGCAUCCUGAUAAGAUUCCUCAGACUGCUACUACGGAGCAGAAGAUGAUUAGUGGGAGUGUGUUUAGUACCUUGAAUGAGGCUUGGGAUAAAUUCAAGAAGGAUAAUGGGUUGUGA